ACUCCCCCGAAAAAAAUCGCAGCUAUAUAAACGUUUGACUGGCAAGUUGAACAAUAUCAGUUGCACAACUGUUUCCAGUCGAUUCACAGCUCCCUCCACAAUGAAGUUCUUCAUCUUCGCCGCUCUCUUCGCCGUCGCCGCCGCCGGGACUUAUAAGACCAGCGAUUACGUCCAGUCGAAAUACGAGGCUCCCGCCAAACCUGAUUACGAGAAACAACCUUACAGUUUUUCGUGGGAUGUUAAGGACGAGGAUACUUACAACGACUUCGUCCACACCGAGGAGAGCGACGGCAAAGUGAUUAGCGGAUCUUACCGCGUCGAACUCCCCGACGGCCGCACCCAGAUCGUCACCUACCGAGCCGACGAGAACGGCAAUGUCGCCGAUGUCACCUACGAAGGAGAGGCCCAGUAUCCCGAUGAAUCCGAAUACAAAGCUGCCCCCGCCUACUCUGCUCCGGCUGCUCCGGCCUACAAGGCCCCCGCUUACUCUGCUCCGGCAUACAAAGCUCCCGCCUACUCUGCUCCGGCUUACCCUGCUCCGGCUUACAAGGCUCCCGCUUACUCUGCUCCGGCAUACAAAGCUCCCUCUUACUCUGCUCCGGCUUACCCUGCUCCGGCUUACAAGGCUCCCGCUUACUCUGCUCCGGCAUACAAAGCUCCCUCAUACUCUGCUCCGGCUUACUCUGCCCCGGCUUACACAGCUCCGGCUUACUCUGCUCCGGCCUACAAGGCGCCGGUUUAUUCCGCUCCGGAAUACAUGGCUCCGAUCUUCAGAUCGGCCUACAAAACCCCCGCUGUUUACCCAGCUGCUUACCCCAAAUAUUGAAGCUUCCGCCAUCAUGUGUACUGAUGACUAUAUAUUUAAUGAAGAUCAAGAUUAUAAUUUAUUCGAAGGCGA